AUGGACGUUCUGGGCCUGUCGGCCAACAACACACGCAAUCCAUCGGCUUUCCUGGUCUCAUUGCUGAGUGGCGCGAACUCAGCUUGGGCCAAGAGCGCAAAGGCACCCCUGGGCGCGGAAGGCGUGGAGCAGCUGUUGAAGCGAUUUCCGGCAUUAAAGGCCUCUUUCGAUGACUCCUUCCUUGAGACCUUGAAGUUCGCCGACUCCGGGGAUGCUGAGGCAGUCCUCCAGGAAGUGGCGCAAAGUAGCACUGAGAACCCGACCAAGUACGCGCUGGGGCUGCUGAAGGCGUUGAGCCAGCGGGGGCCGUGGCAAGACUAUGGCACGCCAUUUGGCAGCUGGAGGGUGAGGAAGCUGCUGCAAACGAGCCCGGAACUCCAGCAACAACUCGGACCGUGUGCCCUGAGGCUCCUUGGGCGCACGCAGGAAGAGCACGCCAGGCGGUGCCUGCGCACCUUCCAGGCCAAGGCGGGGGCCCUCCUUCGACGGGAGCCUGCCCUGGAUCCCAAGGCAAGCACAGUGAAGAAACCUGCUGCUUACUUCACAUCGCUGCUCCCCGGACUUGUUGAGAAACUUUUGCACAAGCAGUAG